GUGGGUGGAGGAGUGGGGUUGCCGGAGAGCAAAACCCGCCUCUUGCGAGCAGAGCGAGGAAGAGGGGGGGAAAGGCGCCGAGUUCCGCUUCCUGAACCGCGGCGGGGAGAGAAGGUCGGCGCCGGGAAGGCCGGCGAGACGCGCGCUCCGGGCCAGCGGCGAGACCGGCGCGGCGGGCAAUGGCCGGAGAGCGGACCCGCAGGUUCACGCGCAGCCUGCUGAGACCCGGGCAGGCGGCCGAGCUCCGGCACAGCGCCGCGUCGGCUGCCGCGGUGGCCGUCAGCAGCCGGCAGCAGCAGCGGCAGGAAAAGCCCAGGCUGCUUGAGCCUUUGGAUUAUGAAACUGUCAUUGAAGAACUUGAAAAGUCCUAUCAGAAUGACCCCCUUCGAGACCUCCUUUUCUUCCCCAGUGACGACUUUUCAACAGCCACAGUUUCCUGGGAUGUCCGAACUUUGUACUCAACGGUACCUGAAGACGCAGAGCACAAAGCAGAGAAUUUACUGGUGAAGGAGGCUUGUAAAUUUUAUAGUUCCCAGUGGUACGUGGUAAACUACAAAUAUGAACAGUAUUCUGGAGACAUUCGUCAGUUACCCCGAGCAGAAUACAAACCAGAGAAACUUCCUUCACAUUCCUUUGAGGUUGACCAUGAAGAUGCUGAUAAGGAUGAAGAUACCACUUCCCACUCGUCUUCCAAGGGUGGUGGGGGACCAGGAGGAACAGGAGUUUUCAAGUCUGGCUGGCUCUACAAGGGGAAUUUCAACAGCACCGUGAACAAUACGAUUACUGUUCGGUCAUUCAAAAAACGCUACUUCCAGCUGACUCAGUUGCCAGAUAACUCCUACAUCAUGAAUUUUUACAAAGAUGAAAAAAUAUCCAAAGAACCCAAAGGCUGCAUCUUUUUGGAUUCCUGUACAGGCGUGGUACAGAAUAACAGACUCAGAAAACAUGCCUUUGAAUUGAAAAUGAAUGACCUGACCUAUUUUGUGCUGGCGGCGGAAGCAGAGUCCGAUAUGGAGGAAUGGAUUCAUACCCUGAACCGCAUCCUGCAAAUCAGCCCCGAGGGGCCCCUACAGGGGCGGAGGAGCACCGAGCUCACCGAUCUGGGGCUGGAUUCACUGGAUAAUUCCAUCACAUGUGAAUGCAUGCCAGAGGAAACAGAUUCUUCAGAGAACAGCCUACACCCAGACUUCACAAAAUACCUCACAGAAACCGAAGAAACGGUCAAAGCAACUAGAAACAUGGAGAGGCUAAACCUGUUCUCAAUGGAUCCAGAUAUAGAUACCUUGAAACUUCAGAAAAAGGAUCUCUUGGAACCCGAGUCGGUGAUCAAACCAUUUGAAGAAAAAGCUGCCAAGAGAAUCAUGAUCAUUUGUAAAGCUCUCAACUUUAAUCUUCAGGGAUGUGUUACGGAGAAUGAAAAUGAUCCGAUAACGAACAUUGAGCCAUUUUUUGUGAGUGUGGCACUUUAUGACCUCCGAGAGAGCAGGAAGAUCUCUGCCGACUUUCACGUGGAUCUGAACCACAGUGCUGUCAGGCAGAUGCUCUCAGGGGCUCCCGUGGCUUUGGAAAAUGGAAACAGCGACACGGUCACUCCACGACAAUCAGAAGAACCUCACGUCAAGGGAUUUCCGGAGGAAUGGCUGAAGUUUCCAAAGCAGGCUAUAUUUUCUGUAAGCAACCCACAUACUGAAAUUGUUUUGGUGGCCAAAAUUGAAAAAGUACUGACAGGAAACAUUGCAAGUGGAGCUGAGCCUUAUAUUAAGAAUCCAGACUCCAACAAGUUUUCCCAAAAGAUCCUCAAAUCCAACCGGCAGUUCUGCAGCAAGUUGGGGAAAUACCGUAUGCCAUUUGCUUGGGCGGUGAGAUCAGUAUUUAAGGACAACCAGGGAAAUGUGGACAGAGACUCAAGAUUUUCACCAUUAUAUAGACAAGAAAGCAGCAAGAUUUCAACUGAGGACCAACUUAAACUAGUGUCAGAUUAUAGAAGGGCUGACAGAAUAAGCAAAAUGCAGACCAUCCCCGGAAGCCUUGAUAUUGCUGUUGACAACAUUCCUUUGGAGCAUCCAAACUGUGUAACAUCGUCCUUUAUCCCUGUCAAGCCUUUCGAUGCGACGGCUCAACCAGAACCCACAGUGGAGGUGGAAGAAUUUAUUUAUGACUCAACCAAGUAUUGCCGUCCUUACAGAGUGUACAAAAAUCAAAUUUACAUUUACCCCAAGCACCUCAAGUAUGAUAGCCAGAAAUGUUUCGGCAAGGCACGAAAUAUAACGGUGUGCAUUGAAUUCAAAAAUUCUGAUGAAGAAGGUGCCAAGCCCGUGAAGUGCAUUUAUGGAAAACCUGGAGGACCCCUCUUCACCUCCGCCGCCUACACUGCAGUUCUGCACCAUUCCCAGAAUCCGGAUUUCUCAGACGAGGUGAAAAUUGAGCUACCAACACAACUCCACGAGAAACACCAUAUCCUGUUUUCUUUUUAUCAUGUCACUUGUGACAUCAAUGCGAAAGCUAAUGCCAAAAAGAAGGAGGCUCUGGAAACAUCCGUUGGAUAUGCUUGGCUUCCUGUGAUGAAACAUGAUCAGAUAGCUUCUCAAGAGUACAAUAUCCCCAUAGCUACAAGCCUGCCUCCUAAUUAUUUAAGCUUUCAAGACUCUGCAAGUGGAAAGCAUGGUGGGAGUGACAUUAAAUGGGUUGAUGGUGGCAAACCACUUUUCAAAGUAUCGACAUUUGUUGUGUCAACAGUGAACACUCAGGAUCCAUAUGUGAAUGCAUUUUUCCGUCAGUGCCAAAAAAGAGAGAAAGAUAUGUCUCAGUCACCUACCUCAAAUUUCAUCCGUUCUUGUAAGAACUUAUUGAAUGUGGAAAAGAUUCACGCAAUCAUGAGUUUUCUGCCUAUAAUCUUGAAUCAGCUCUUCAAAGUUUUGGUUCAGAAUGAGGAAGAUGAAAUAAGUACAACUGUGACCAGGGUUCUGACUGACAUUGUGGCCAAGUGCCAUGAGGAGCAGCUGGACCACUUUGUCCAGUCUUACAUUAAGUUUGUGUUCAAGACCAGGACAUGCAAGGAGAGAACGAUACAUGAGGAGCUGGCUAAACAUGUGACUGGUCUUUUGAAAACAAAUGACUCAACAACGAUCAAGCAUGUCCUAAAGCAUUCCUGGUUCUUCUUUGCAAUUAUCCAAAAAUCAAUGGCACAAUACUUGAUUGACACAAAUAAAAUUCAGCUUCCUCGGGCUCAAAGGUUUCCUGAAUCUUACCAAAAUGAGUUGGACAAUCUUGUAAUGGUCCUAUCUGAUCACGUGAUUUGGAAAUACAAAGAUGCCCUUGAAGAAACCAGAAGGGCCAACCACAGCGUUGCCAGAUUUCUCAAGCGCUGCUUUACCUUUAUGGAUCGGGGCUUUGUGUUUAAGAUGGUUAACAAUUACAUCAGCAUGUUCUCCUCUGGUGAACUCAAGACCUUAUGCCAGUAUAAAUUUGAUUUUCUUCAAGAAGUGUGUCAGCAAGAACAUUUUAUUCCUUUGUGUCUCCCUAUAAGAUCAGCAAACAUUCCAGAUCCUUUGACGCCUUCAGAGGCAACUCAAGAGUUACAUGCAUCAGAUAUGCCUGAAUAUUCGGUCACAAAUGAAUUUUGCCGCAAGCACUUCUUAAUCGGGAUUCUGCUCCGAGAAGUUGGCUUUGCUCUGCAGGAAGACCAAGAUGUCAGGCACUUAGCUUUAGCUGUCUUAAAAAAUCUAAUGGCUAAGCAUUCAUUUGAUGAUCGAUACAGAGAACCAAGAAAGCAGGCCCAGAUAGCGAGCUUAUACAUGCCCCUCUAUGGCAUGCUUCUGGACAAUAUGCCAAGGAUUUACCUGAAGGACCUCUACCCCUUCACUGUCAAUACAUCGAACCAGGGGUCUAGAGAUGAUCUCAGCACUAAUGGAGGAUUCCACAGCCAGUCAGCUAUGAAACAUGCAAACUCUGUGGAUACGUCGUUUUCUAAAGAUGUUUUAAAUUCCAUAGCAGCAUUUUCAUCAAUAGCUAUUUCUACAGUAAACCAUGCUGAUUCCAGAGCAUCCUUAGCAAGCCUUGACUCCAACCCAAGUAGCAAUGAGAAAAGCAGUGAGAAAACAGACAACUGUGAAAAGAUCCCAAGACCCUUGUCUUUGAUAGGCUCAACUCUUCGAUUUGACAAGUUAGAUCAAGCGGAAACCAGGAGCCUUCUUAUGUGUUUUCUUCACAUUAUGAAGACAAUUUCAGAGGAGACUCUGAUUGCGUACUGGCAAAGAGCACCCAGUCCAGAGGUGUCUGACUUCUUCAGCAUCUUGGAGGUUUGUCUUCAAAAUUUCAGAUACCUAGGAAAACGCAAUAUAAUAAGAAAAAUUGCUGCUGCAUUUAAAUUUGUGCAGUCCACCCAGAGCAAUGGAACACUCAAAGGAUCUAAUCCUUCCUGCCAAACAUCAGGUCUCUUGUCACAAUGGAUGAACACCACUUCCGGUCAUGAAGGACAUAAGCAGCACAGAUCACAAACUUUACCUAUAAUUCGAGGCAAAAAUGCACUUUCUAACCCCAAACUCUUACAGAUGUUAGACAAUACCAUGGCCAGCAACUCCAAUGAAAUUGACAUCGUGCACCACGUAGACACAGAGGCCAACAUAGCUACAGAGGUUUGCCUGACUAUCCUAGACCUGCUGUCCCUCUUCACUCAGAUUCACCAGAGACAACUCCAACAAUCAGAAUGUCAAAAUUCAUUGAUGAGAAGGGUCUUUGAUACCUACAUGCUCUUUUUCCAAGUCAACCAGUCGGCCACAGCACUGAAGCAUGUGUUUGCCUCCCUGAGACUGUUUGUAUGCAAGUUCCCUUCAGCGUUCUUUCAAGGCCCUGCGGACCUGUGUGGAUCAUUCUGCUAUGAAGUCCUCAAAUGCUGUAACCACAGGUCACGGUCAACUCAGACAGAAGCAUCAGCACUGCUGUACUUUUUCAUGAGAAAGAACUUUGAAUUUAACAAGCAGAAGUCAAUUGUCCGAUCCCACCUGCAACUAAUCAAGGCUGUAAGCCAGUUAAUAGCUGAUGCUGGGAUUGGAGGCUCUCGGUUUCAACAUUCCCUUGCAAUUACCAAUAAUUUUGCUAACGGAGACAAGCAAAUGAAAAACAGUAAUUUCCCAGCAGAGGUGAAAGAUCUGACUAAGCGUAUAAGGACGGUCUUGAUGGCCACAGCCCAGAUGAAGGAGCAUGAGAAGGACCCUGAGAUGCUGGUGGAUCUCCAGUACAGCCUGGCGAACUCCUAUGCCAGCACGCCCGAGCUGCGGAGGACUUGGCUGGAAAGCAUGGCCAAGAUUCACGCGAGAAACGGAGACUUGUCCGAGGCUGCUAUGUGUUACAUCCAUAUAGCGGCCCUCAUCGCAGAGUACCUGAAAAGAAAGGGUUACUGGAAAACGGAAAAGAUUUGCACACCAUCCCUGCUCCCGGAGGAUAUCCACCCCUGUGAUAGCAACCCAUUACUAACAACUCCCAGUGGAGGAAGCAUGUUCUCCAUGGGCUGGCCAGCUUUUCUGAGCAUUACACCAAAUAUUAAAGAAGAAGGAGCAAUGAAAGAAGAUUCGGGAAUGCAAGACACACCAUACAAUGAGAAUAUCCUGGUGGAGCAGCUGUACAUGUGUGUGGAGUUUCUUUGGAAGUCGGAGAGAUAUGAACUCAUUGCUGACGUCAACAAGCCCAUCAUCGCCGUCUUCGAGAAGCAGAGAGACUUCAAAAAAUUAUCAGAUCUCUACUACGACAUUCACCGGUCAUAUCUGAAAGUGGCAGAGGUCGUGAAUUCAGAGAAGCGACUGUUUGGCCGGUACUAUCGUGUGGCAUUUUAUGGGCAGGCUGUGAGCCCCGGCUACUUAGCGAGCUGGCGCCAACACUAUUUCUAUCACUAUCUGGCUGCUUGCCCAGUCCAGGCAGUCACUGUUUCUGUGGCCCCACCCAGCUCUGAAAUGAUAAGGAAGCCCAUUACUCUCCACGGGGAGAGAGACAGCCCCUCUUCCCCCUGGAGGUCAGCUGGGGAAACGCAGAGCCUCCUGCGUUACUGGCAGCAGUUCCUUAGGGCUCACCCCUCUCUCUUUCACGUAUUCACACAGGUAAACCCCAAGGAUUUGGACCCCAAAUAUGCCUACAUCCAGGUGACCUAUGUCACGCCAUUCUUUGAGGAAAAGGAAAUAGAGGACCGGAAGACGGAUUUCGAAAUGCACCACAACAUCCGCCGUUUUGUCUUUGAGACGCCCUUCACGCUGUCGGGCAAGAAGCACGGAGGCGUGGAGGAGCAAUGCAAGCGGAGGACCGUCCUGACAAGUAGGUGCAGGCCGGCCGCCGAGCGGCCAGCGGUGCUAAUCAACGACUUGGAUGACAACCAAAAGACUGGGUAUAUUGUCCAAGGUUUUUUUGAAGAAGAAGAAGGUAAAGAGUAUAUUUAUAAAGAGCCUAAGCUGACAGGCCUCUCCGAGAUUUCCCAAAGGCUGCUCAAGCUCUAUGCAGAUAAAUUUGGAGCAGACAAUGUGAAGAUAAUCCAGGAUUCCAACAAGCAUGAACCUUUCUGUUACUGUGUUCUUUCAUCGCGUUGCGUUUUGUCCUGUCUUAAGAUUGUGUGCAGGGACGACCUGCCAAAGCGCGGAGUGGAGCGAACCUGCACUCGAGUCAUUAGCAAGGCGACGCCAGCUGUGCCCACCGUCUUGGUCUCAACUAACGUGGAAGUUUGAAGGAACAUCUGCAGCAUCACACACAUCUCUCAGAGACCUUUCUGAAUUUGCAACUCAUCUCGGGGAAGAGAAAGAUAGAUUUAAUUUAUUUGAAGUUUUUAUGAUGUUAAUAUUUUCUUUUUUACCUCGCUAGCCUGAGAAUUUUGCCAGCCCCCAGAUGUGCACAUUUCUUAUGAUUUGUUUUCCCCUUUGAGAAGCGUUGAACAAGCCAAGCUGAAAAUUUGCCAUGAAAUUCCAAUGAAUGUACAGCUCAAAAGCAAACCAUAAGUUUGCUGUCAGUUAUAAUAUGUUCAAUACCAAGUCCUAGCACACAUAUUUUAAAGGUCAAAGUGAAUGUUUUUGUAACAUUUAAGCAUAUUUCAAAUGUAAAUAGGAGAUUGUAAAAUAUAUGGUUUUUACCAAAUUUAAAAGAAACUUUUUAGUUGAUACUUAUGACAGUGUUAAGAUUAUAUGAAUAACAUUUCAGAUACCAUUAUAUUAAAAUAUUUGUGUAUGUGUACAAAAGUGUUGAUAAAUACUAAUCUUUAAAGUUUGUGAAGUUCCUUUAUUUGUAAUAUAUGUGCUCUGAAAAGCAAUGGGCUGUGAAAUUAUGGACGUAUUUUGUUGUUAAUAGAAAUAAAAAAUACAGUUACUUUGCA